AUGUGUGACUAAUUUCAUUAACUAAAUGAUAAAUGGACUAUAUCUGAGAAAUACAAAGCUUAAAAUAGCAAAGAUGAUUAUAAAAAGACAAUUGUUGAUAUUUGUUCAAUUAAAACUGUUGAAGAAUUUGCAUUUAUAAUGAAAUAAACAAUAUAUUCAAAAUUAACAGAUAUAUUUAGUGAACCAUAAAAAUAAAAAUAGUAUCAUAUUUUCAUUAAAUGAUAGAUUCAAAAAUUUUUAAAAUAAUGCUAUAGAAACAUAAAUUGAUGCAAUCUAAUUUUUCAAAAAUGGUAUUAAUCCUUGUUGGGAGGAUCCUGAAAAUGAAAAAGGAGGUGACAUACAAUUUGAAAUUCCUAUUACAUCAAUCGAUAUUUAUAAUGAACUUUAUACUAACAUAAUAUAUGAGAUUAUAGGAUAAAAUAAGGAAGAGCUAAGACAUGUAAGAAUUAGGAAAAAUCUAGGUAAAUGGAGUCAGAAUUUUAGAUAAAAUAAAUGCUGACAAUGGAAUCAGAAUUGAAUUAUGGUUAGAUAUUGAUCCCAUAGAUAAAAAUGAACAGGUAUAAAACAAUAUUAAAAAAAUUGAUGAUUGGAUACUUUAAUUAGCAGAAUAGUAUAAUAUUAAACAACUUAAAUUAAAAACAUAAUCGCAUAAGAAAAAAUGAU